AGCGAGCAGAUCGGGAAGAGCUCUGUUUGGAACACGUGCGCGCGCGGCGUCGUCUUGGCUCUCGUUGCGUACGACCAAAACAAACCUUUGAGUUUUUUGAACGCUAAGUCCCACGGUCUUACGUCCUCCUAAGUGCCUUUCCACGAAGGUACGCCAUCCACUCCACCCCUCGGUAAACCAUUAUAUCCUUAGGGCCGGUGCGCGGUAAAGAAUAUCUGAAAGCAAGAGACUGAGCAACAGCUGAUCCACCCACGUGCUCCUGCAGCACUAUUAAUUUCGGCGGUGCCCGUGUGGUGAUGCGAGGAGGCUCUGGGUAACCGAGCGAGUCGGCGCGCCAUGACCAACCUCAACCGCAUCCGGGUCGUGGUGCUGGGCAGCGCGAGAGUCGGCAAGUCCGCCGUCACGGUGCGCUACCUCACCAAGCGAUACAUCGGGGAGUACAGUUCCAACAGCGAUUUUCUGUACCGGCAUAAUGUGACUUUCGACAAUGUGACGACGGAAGUAGAAAUACUGGACACAUCCAAAUGUGCAACAUCACAUUCUCACCGAAUGAUACAGGACAAGAAACAGGCAACGGGCUGCCUGUACGACCACAUCCGGUGGGGCGAGGCGUUCGUGGUGGUGUAUAGCGUGUGCGACCGCGCCAGCUUCAACGACGCGCACGAACUGCUGGACAAGCUGGCCAAGCUGAAGUUGCCCUCCUACUUCACGACGCUGCUGCUCGGCAACAAGCGAGACCUCGACCACUCGCGUGAGAUCUGCGUGGACGCGGGCCAGGAGCUGUCGCUGCAGUACGGCUGCCAGUUCUACGAGGUGAGCGCCGCCGAGAACUUCGCGGGCGUCUCGCUGGCCUUCCAGUCGCUGCUGCGCGAGGCGCGCUCCGUGCAGCUGCUGCGCGCGCUGCCCAUCCGCCGCAAGCUGGGCGUCAACUCGGUCAGCAAGGUGCUCGGCAACAUCUUCGGCAAGAACAGCAACAAGGCCUCCGGCGACCGCAAGAAGAGGCCGUCGCUCUCCAUAUAGCUGGCCCGCCUGUGCCCCGGCAGCGGGGCUUGACGACGCCGUCGCCGUCGCGUCCGUUCCUACACACUGUGCGCCGAGGGGCCGCCGGGGUGUCCCACCGCACCACAGGCUGCGGUUGGCUGCCGCAUUCCUCGAGUACCUAGGCAGCUGUCUGUGGACAGAAUCUCUCGCGUGAGAACGACUAGAGGUUUCGAGGCUUCCCACAUGAACUGCAUCUCACAAGAAGUGCUUUGCAUCAGAUGCGAAGACGUGUGAUGCUUGUUAGAAGCUCCCCAUUCGAGACUGCCCUGUUUUAGAGGGCAUAUUUAUACACAGUAUUGACUAGAUUCGUUGACCUCCGAUUUGGGUACGUGGCCUUACCGACAGUAGGUUGUCCACUGGAAAACCCCCCUCCAAACGCAGGGAUCAAAGUCGCUCCUAAAAGGACCCAACACACUUGCAUUAAUGUGCAGCGGAAAUGAUCCAACAUUUCACAUGUUGAAGUCACUACCACUCAAGUUCCUUAAGGUCGUAAGCGAAGAUAUCGGUGCAAAUACAAGAGGCAGCUGACAAGUGUUUGCUUCCAUCCCAGGGGUCACUGAAGAUUCAACGAGUCUCAUGACAGUAUAAACAAAUUCAGUAUCGAUUUAAAGCGGGUGUGUCCAAUCUUCCAGCUUACCUGGUCCACACUGGAAGAAUAGUAUUUUUGGGCCGCGCAUAAUAUGCUUAAAACUAACACGCUUGAAAGAGAGAGAGAGAGAGAGGAGGGAGAGAGACAGACUGUCGAAGGUGUGGCAGGAAUUUUAAAUUGAAAAUAUUCAUUUUUUCACAACAAUCGUAAUUUUAUGGAAUUUUUUUUUCAAACGAUUAUGUGAUACACGCUCGCUUUUUGGACCGCACUGAUGCUUGCUUAGGAUCGUAUACGGCUCGCGGGCCGCGUGUUGGAGAUCCUUGGUUUAAAGUUUGCUGACGGCUGUAAAACUGUGUUUGAGGAGAAAACUCAUAAUUUACCCGUGCCAAAUUUUGUUUUUGCGUGUUGCUACUCUGAGGACCAUCGGUAGUCUGUUGUAAUGGUACGUAUUACUUCUCACUCCGAGGUACAUCAUCUAGUCCAGAAAAAGAAGACGUGGUAAAAUGUUUCGAUAACAAGGGAAGUGUGUGAUCUCAAACGCUCAGGACCACACGAAAAUGUCCUUAGGAUAUAAAUUGCUCACCCCAAAAAACAUAGGUGUAAGCCAUUCGCAUGCAGAACUGCUUGUCUUGUGUAACUGGGUAGGUAGGUUUGGUAACGUGAAGAAAUGAAACCUCGAUAUCAUAGGACUAAAAAACUCCCACAUUUCAAUGUCGUCAGUUAUUGGUGUAUGUCCCUCUGUUUAAAAUAAUUACACUGCCUGAAUAACAAUCAUUCUCUAAUGGCGUUACAGUUACUCAGUCUACAAAGUGCAGUUGUGGGAUUACAGAAAAGUAGAACAAAACAAUGUGUACCUCUGACUAAAGGCACUUUUUUACUUUCAGAAUGACUUCUGCACACCAAAAGUCGCACUAACUAUAUUACUAAAUGGUGAUAUUAAUAUGUCGUCGUCAUUACCCGACUUUUGGCAAACAUACAGUACUAUGCUUGUACUUCGGAGCAGGAAGUUUGUUGUAUAGCAUAGAGUGAAGUCUGACGGUGAAUUUAUGAUCGUAAACCUUACUUGUAGUUUCCGACACUGUAAUCACAAAAUCAAUCAUACUUCUAGAGUAUAUAUUGCCGAAGAAGUACGCAUCAGGAGCUUGGCAAUAUUUUGUUUUCUUCGGCGUGGUUUUGGUCCUAUUACAGCGAUAGUUUGUUACUUCUCGUUACAAAAGUUCCUCUCCUAAGCAUCGAAUAGGUGACCAUUCAAAUUCGUUUCGCUGUAAGAUGCGCUGUUUUGCAUUUGAGUGAAUCAUACCACUGUUUUUGGGGUGAGACAUUUGUAUUAUAAGCUAAUUUUAAUGUGGUUCUCAACGUUUCAGGUGACCCACUUGCCUUGUUAAAUCAAGUAUCCCAUGUUCUUUAGUGAUCGACCCUUGUAAACAGCAUAAAUGUUUUGUGAGUUAAUGAAGUGGGGCCUAUUUAUGACUUUGGUUCGUAAUGACCUGCAGGUGAGGUGCUUAUAUUCCGAAAUGACAGUCGGCUAUAAACGUGGCAGAAAUAUUGUUUCUUGUAUUAGAUCUAGACGCACUUGAUGUGGAUCUUGUUUUACGGUGCGUUGCAAACAAAUACUAGGUGACAUUUUAACCUGCUUUUGCGAACUACAUCUAAAAAAAAUUCCUGCGCAUUUCAGUGCACCGCAGUAGCAAACAAAAUCCAGUUCGUCUACAUCUCGGUCUAAAACGGGAACCAACAGUUCCGCCGACUGUCGUUUCGGAUUGUAGGCACGAUGAAAACACUCAAAACUUUCUUUCCUUAUUGGCAUGGCUUAGUAGGAUCCGUUUCUUCUACUGGUGUUGACACGACAGAAUUGUAUUCAUAUGUGGCUACUUUCUAAUUAUCUUUCUUGGGCUUGUCGAAUAUGAGGAAGAUACCACUUACGAGUCACUUAGUGUGUAUUGCUGAUCGUAUGACAUGUCCAGUAUGUGACAGGCAUUUUCGUGGACUUUGAUGACUGUCUAAUAUUCACAUACGUCAACCACAUCCGAAUAAAUACGUGUAAAUUAAUUACAAGUUCCCAGAGACGUUUGAGACACAAGCGUUUAAAGUAAUGAUAUUUGCCGAUGUACAUAAAAAGAUGAAGACAUAAAUGUAUAUAAAGAACAUUUUGUACCAAGUGAGUGAAGUUGAGAUUCAUUGUGUAAUUUAAGAAGUGAAACCACGUGCCUUAAAGACAUUAUAGUAUUAUGACACAUUCCUUCAUCGCAAUGAUAUUUUUAUAAAAUGAUUUAUUGUAAAUAGUCAUCAACUGUUCUAUUACUUUAAGAAACGGUGUUCCAUGUCCUUGUAUUAUACCUACAGAUGCUUUUUUAAUGCAAUAGUGCUAAUUAGUAUUUGUCAUGGCCAUUCACAUCCGUGUACAAUAAAAAUUCCACAUUUUGCGAAUGUAUAUAACAGAAUAUAGUUUUCGAUUCCUGUGAAUCUGGUACACAACAUAUUACAUACUUCACACAUUCCUGUUGGACAGAGUAAUAAAUUUUAUUUUCAUGUUCCUCUUAGGAUAAGAAGUGCCUUGUACAGCCUACAUUUUGCUGUCCAUCAGGUUCCCUAUAGUCGCCAGUAUCAGGUGACAGUAAACCUAUCUGCAAUGUACGCGGACAGCCAUUUAUAAAAUGCAUACGUAGUAAUGCCUUUGGCAUCAAGCAAAAUAAAACUUUUCAGAUUGCUAAUAAAAGAAGAAAGUUUCACUGCUGUUGACAAUACAGCGGUCGUAAAGAAGGUACAUGUAGGUGCUCUUUGACAUUUUUGUACUUUGAUUGGACAUACGCCACCGCUAUUUGUAGAUCGUUCCGGACAGUUCUCAGCUUAGUUCUCUUUGCGUAGAACGAGCAGUGUGUUUCGGCCUGCCCCAACAUCAGAAAGCGCUAAUGACAUGCUGUCCGCGCAACCUCGCAGAUAAGUUGCCAUACCUGUUGAUCUCGCGGCGACACCCCAUUCCUACAGCCGAAAUUUAUGUGAUGUCUGUGAAAUAGGCGACUCAUGUUGCUUCCAAAUACUUUGUACAUUUCAUUGAAUAAAUAUAUAAA